UGUUUUGCAGUUAUGUUUACAAUGAAAAUACAUGCUAGUUGAGGUUGAUAUCUUCUAUUGAAUGAUUUGAUAAUAUAUUAGCUAGGGUUGAGCGUGCUGCAUGUUGACUGAAGAAAGGACAUGACGGUUUGAUUGGUCACGUACUCAUUUUGAGUGGGACAUAUUUUCAGAGGACAUAGGUGGGCUAUGUCUGUCCUCAGCUUUGACGCAUCUGUGGAAUUGUGAGCAAGCAGUUCUAAGGGGCAAUGAUUGGAAGCCAAUUAUCAAUAUCUGAAAGCAAUUGAAGCCGUAAUGUGGAUAACUUCCGAACCGUAAUAGCUAUGUUUAUUCAUUAUUGUGAAAACUUGUGGACAAUGUUUUAUCUAUAAUUUUAGACUUUUUCAAAUCUACUUUUUAAGUUAAGUGUUAGCGAUAUUAUCAUCAUAGUUAUGGCUGCUUUGAGUGCCAGAAGCUUCCUCUUAAACCUAAGGUACACCGUCCAUAGAGUUGGAAGUUCUGUAAGAGUCCGACUCAUACCUAGCACCAGAACAUGUCUUGUCAAAAGAGGCCAGAUUUUAACCCAGAUGCCAAAAGUCACCCUGCUGUGCUGGGGAGCAGUGAAUGCCACAUCCUGUAUGGCAAGAUGCCAAGAGGCCUCCCUGGCACCCCAGACUACAGACAGGAAGUCUGUAGCCAAAGUCCAGGUGCACAAGCUGGUGUUCUUCCUGCGCCUCAGCCUGCGCGCCCUGGUGUUACUCCUGAAGUUCGGCCCGCUCCUGUUGCUCUAUCCUCUGACUGUCUUCUCCUCUUACUGGGCCUCUCGCUGGCUGGAUGCCCUGCUGUGGGUCACUGAGACCUCUGGUCCUGCCUUCAUUAAGCUGGGCCAGUGGGCCAGCACACGCAGGGACAUCUUCUCCCAGGACUUCUGCGAAUGUUUUUCCAGGCUGCACGUGCGUGUGCGUCCACACUCCUGGGCCCACACCAAGCAGUGUCUGCGCCGGGCAUUUGGGGAGGGCUGGAGGAGGCUGUUUGUGUUUGAGGGCAGGGAGCCUGUGGGGUCAGGAUGCGUGGCUCAGGUGUACCGGGGAUGGGCCAGGGUGGACAGCGUGGAGGACACAGCCUUCCAGGCCCUGGUGGAGGAGAUGGAGAGAGAGGAUAUGCUGGAGGCCUGGGAGAUCCUGGGACUAAAGGGUGUCCUGGGGACCCUUAGGGGGCUGUGGAAGGAGAAAGAGGAUGAGGAGGACGACGGCCAUCAUGAAACCAGGGAGAGGAGCUACACAGAUGCCCCUAAUGGGGACGGUACAGAGAAAGAGCAUCUGAUUCCUGUAGCUAUUAAGGUGCUUCAUCCAGGGAUCAGGAGACAGGUAGAGAUUGACAUGCUACUGAUGAGGGCAGGCAGCUGGCUCAUCAACUGUCUGCCUGGAUUCAAAUGGCUCAGCCUGCCUGAGAUAGUGGAGGAGUUUGAGGUGCUCAUGACCAAACAGAUUGACCUGCGGUUUGAAGCCAAUAACAUCGAAAGAUUCCGGGAGAAUUUCAAGGAUGUUGAUUUUGUCAAGUUCCCAACUCCUCUUCGACCAUUUGUCACCAGGUCCAUUUUAGUGGAAACCUUUGAGGAGAGUGAGCCCAUCUCCAACUACCUGAGACCUGAGGUCCCUCUAAAGGUGAAACAGAGAAUUGCCAGGAUGGGAGUGGAGACACUUCUCAAGAUGGUGUUUGUGGAUAACUUUGUGCAUGCGGACCUGCACCCGGGUAACAUCCUGGUCCAACGUAGUGGGGGUGGAGGGGACAACGACCCCCAGGAAAGGGUCACCCUGACGGACCUGUGCGACACAGUGGUGGUGAGCAUGAGGCCGGCCCCGGCCCCUCUGCAGCUGGUGCUGCUGGACGCUGGCAUUGUGGCACAGCUCAACGACAGAGACCGUAGGAACUUCAGAGCCGUGUUCACCGCCGUGGUGCUACGACAGGGGGAACAGGUGGCAGAGCUGAUCCUGAACCAUGCCAGGACCAACGAGUGCCAGGACGUGCCACGGUUCAAGAAGGAGAUGGCAGAGCUGGUGGACCAUGCCCUCAGCAACACUCUCUCACUGGGGAAGGUCCAAGUAACUGAUUUGCUAUCCAGAGUCUUUGGAUUGCUCAUCACCCACAAGGUGAAGUUGGAGAGUAACUUUGCGUCCAUUGUGUUUGCCAUCAUGGUGCUGGAGGGGCUGGGGAGGUCUCUGGACCCUAACCUGGACAUACUGGAGCUGGCCAAGCCUCUGUUGCUCAAGAACGCUGCCUCCCUCCUCUGACUCCCCUUACCCACAUACCACUACAUCUGAGCAACACAGAAAUAGGCAGUGUUUGAGAGCAUCACCGACUGAGCAGACUGACGUAUCUACAAAUCAUAUGUAUGAUGCAAGGUGAUUUGUUGGUCAGUCAGCAGAAUUGAUGCUCUCAAACACAGCCAUGGAUAUCUCAUAUUUAGGGCCCAGAGUAUUUCCUGGUCACAUGGUCUGUAAAAAAUCCUGGCCCUCCGCAUGCUACAUUAGUGACUGACUGAAUAUACCUUGUAGUGUGUACUUUUUACCUGUGAAAUGUGAAUCAUUGCUUGAUUUAAGGUAUCCAAACAUCUUAAUAACUACCCUGGUAAACUGUUCCUUACCUUACAUGCUGGUCAGAUUAAUUGUAAGUCAUCAUUUAUACUUAAAUGCCCAUGUGAUUUCCGUGUAAAAAAAAUAAUAAUUUUGUGCGCACUACAGACAAUUUUUUCAUUGAAUAAAAUAGAAGUGA